UAUAUAGCACAUCAUAUAUUCAUAGAAAGAAAUAAAAUAUUAUGUACAUGAAGGUAAUACAAUUAAAUUUUACUUCUCAUGCGGACUCGCACUGACGUGAUGAAAUUACUUCUUUUGUAAACAACAUGGCGGCUUUCUGCCAUAAGCCUAAUAAAAAUCCCGUCUUAUAUAAAUGUAUUAACAUUUGGAUUGUUUAUAUUGUAACUAGCUCAUUUUAGUACAUAAAAAUGCCUACAAGUUUCGAGCAGCUUGAUAGGACUGUCGAUGGCUCUUUAGUGGCCAUCGACUUUACAACAGGCGCUCAUGAAUCAAAUUCAAAUAUGUCUGAAAUUGGAAUAAACGAAAAGGCGCUCUUUCUUCAAAAUAUGGUAUUGACAGAGCCAGACGAACCGAAGAAAAAAGUUAUUGUUCCAAAUCAUUUAUUGGAAACAAGUAAGGAACCAUAGGAUAAAGUCUCAAAGCUUAAUAAAUAUGAAUUAUUAAUAAUUUGUCUUGCUCACCAGGCACUUGUCUUGUAAAUUACUAUUCAUUUGGUAUAAAUAAAAAUAUGAAAUAUUGUUCACUAAUAAUAAUAAUAUGUAAUAUAUUUAAUUCCAAAAUAAAUUGGACCAUUUAAAUUGCAUGGUACAGAAAGCUCUUCCAUUAUGAGCAAAUGCACUCUUCUGAAACGUGAUAAAUAGCAGGGCACUCACAGAGUAAAGGCAAAAGCUUACAAUUUUAACAUAUAAGUAUAAUCCAAAUUUACCAAUAAAAUUACUAAAUCCUUUAUUUUUCUUAUAGUAGCAUUCAUAAUUACAAGAAAAUCAAGGCCAUGCUAUCAGUCUUACCUCGAGUGGUACACUAUAAUCACCUGAUAUCAAUUACAAUCUAAAUAACCACCAAACUACAUUUACUAAGAAGCAAAUAAAUAAUUACUUUAAUAGAAAGUUAUGUUUGUCCCUAUAUUAUAUUAUACAGAGGAGCCAGGUUGGAUUUAUCUGGUCCUUUCCCAAAGUAGUGACAUUAAAGCUUAAGCUUUUUCAAAAUGCUUGAGUACUUGCAAUGUGGGGGUGGGUGGGGUGUGAUUGGGUGAUAAAAUAAUGGGAAUAUCGUUGAGUCUUAUGAUGCCAAUUAAACCUCAGAGACUGAAAAAUACCAAUGCUGUUUAUAUAAUAUAAUAUUUAUUCUGUUAUGUCUCAUAGAAAUUCUGCUCAAAGAAACUAAACUAAAAUUUCAGGGGCUGCCUAGUCCAGUAACAAAACGCCACUGGUUGUAGCUAGAAAUUACUGAAAGACAGGCCAGCACUACGUACAACACGUCGGCGUACCUAGCAAAACUAUUGACUUUGGCCUGCGUACACCGCGGCGGUGUACCUAGCUAAAUCAUGGUCUGUGGCCUGCGUACACCGCAGCGCUUUAAAUAAAGUAGCAAAACCAUGGUCUUUGCGAGUCUUUAUUUUUUUGGCCUAACCGGUACGUGUAGAUUUAAUGUUAUACUCUUGUUAAAACUGAAAACUAUUUAUUUAAAAUUCGUUUAGUACCUUGGGAGGAAGAUAAUGAGUAAAUUCCACGCUUAUGUGGCAAAGUGCUUGUAAAGCAUUUCUUCUUAUUUAUUGGAAGGGAGGGGGCUGGGGGUGUAAUAUUAAACCAUGAUUUAUUUUUAAAGUUAACCACUUUAUAUAUUGAAAUACAAAUAUAUUUAUUAAUUGUUGUAAGUUUUAUCCUAUGAUAGUGAAUCUUAAUAGGCAUAAAAAGGGUAGCUAAUUUGAAAUUAUUCUCUCCCCCCCACCCAGUUGUUUGUUGUUUUUUUUUGGGGGGGGGGGGAUGGCAUUAUAAUUAUAACAUUGUAUGUGAUCCCUCGGGGCGUGGUGUGAAAAUGAAUGGGAAGCCAGUAUAUCUAUUUAGUUAGCACCAAGAUAUAAUAUGCCACAAAUACACUACGGGAAGAGAAUCACAUACUCAUACAUUGAUCAUGAAGUCGUGAAGUUAAAGUUGUUCGAGGCAUUGACAUUGUGAUACCAAGCGUGUGUCAACACAAAACGACAGUAUGAUGAUAAAUACGAAACACUGCUGUGAUUUUUUAAAGUCUUUUAACAAUAAUUAAAUAUCAUUGAUUUAGUUUUACAUUGGCAUUACACAUUAGUAAAAAAUGCCGGCGGAAGGGGGGUGCAAAAAGAUAAGUUUGUUGUGCUGACGUCCUUUGUGGACAACCCCUAUCCAUCCAGAGCCAUGAUUUUUGUAGGCCCCCUUUUGGUUAAGCCUCUGCCCAUAACUCACCCUCACCCCACCCCCCCCCGGCAAGGAUCGAUUUCUUAACAAAAAAUAACAAAUAAAAAAACUUUGACAUAGCUCAUUGUGCAAUGGUUUCUGUGAGAAAACGUCAUGUUUUACCCUGAGAAUAGCACAUGCCAUGCCAUUCUGGAAACAAAUUCCGUAAUGAAAAGGGUAAACGCAGUCCUAUGGCUUUGCUAUAUAGUUUGCUACCGCUACAUAGUUUCUAAAAUCGAUGUGUUUUCAAAAGAUUUGCUGUGAGACUGAGGGUUGUGAAUGAACCGUUGAUAUCGUGUGUAAAUUUUGCCAUUGCAUAGGGCAUAGUGAAAGCAAGAUGGUUGAAAUACGACCAUGCACAUUAAUUAUGAUAUAUUUAUAUACUGGUAUUUUCUUUGGGUGUUCGUAAAAGUAAAAUGUAAAUAUUCAACUACACGAAGAAUGUUGAAAUACAAUAGAAUAUCACUUAGUAUUCAAAAUGUUUCUCUUAUACAUGUUACAUACACUAUAAAUGCGCUUUCAGAAACUUUCAGUUUGUUUUCUAAUGUCUUAUUGAUAAAAUUACUGGUAUUUUCAAAGUCAAAGGCCGGCACAACUUGUUGAAACACUUAAUAAUCUCAAUAUAACAUAUACUUAAAUUGUUUAAAUCGCUACAAAAUAUUUAAAAACUUCUCAUGAAACUACUGUUGUAAAUGAACAUGAUAAUUUAAAUAUAACAUAUUUUAAAUUAAAAUGGGAAGAAAAAAAACUCUAUCCCCUACUGGGAAUUGAUCUCAAAAGAUAAUAUCGCCAAGCGUCCACUCUACCACUUGACCACACAAGAUCUUUGCUAACAAGUAUAUCUUAAAACCAGGCCAAUGGUACAUUUUUGCAGCGGUGUACCCAGGCCAAAGCCCAUGAUUUUGCUAGGUACACCGCCGCGGUUUACGCAGGUCAAAGCCGAUGGUUUCGCUAGGUACACCGCCCCAAUGUACGCAUCCACUUUGUUUUAAAUUAGUUUCAAUUUCUAUAUAGAUGUAUAAGACUUUUUGCAGGAUGAGCAAUAAAGUAAGUCUCAGUGGCUGGAAAGCAACACAUUUGGUGGAGUAGUCUGGUAUUAUGUAGAUAAGGCAAAAACAUUGCUGAAAAUAAUGUUUUAUGGCAUAUUGACUUUAAAAAAUUAAUUUUAUGAUAUUUUGAGGGUUUUUGAAGAGGAAGAAAUAAAAUUCCAAAAUUUCACUCCAGAAAUCUAUGCCAAACUGGGUCAAAAUGCUUCAAUUCAAGCUAAGCCUUCAGUCAUCCUAUUUGAAGGUUUUGAAGUGGGUAAAAAGCAGACCAGACAACUUAUAUUACUCAAUGCAUCUACUGAUGUGCUUAGAAUGCAUAUUAUACCACCACAGACUGAUAACUUUUCUAUCAAAUAUGCCAAACAAGUAAGUCAAAAUGCACUAUAUAUUUUUUUAAAUCCUUUAUAUUAUCUUCACUUUUGUUUGUGUGUUUCUCUGUGGCAAAAUCUUUGGAAGACUAACUUCUCAUCAUCGUAUCGAGCUGAAACUUGGUACAUAGACUGAUUGCCGAUGACAAGACAUUCUUUAAAAUUUUCACCCCCAACCUCUAAAAAUCUGUAUUUCCUGUUUUUCAAUGGGGUGAGGAAUGUUAAUGAUUUUCAAAGGGUGCUUGUUUUGGUGUGGAGAUUAAUUGUGUACCUGUUGCUUUGUGCUUUGUAUUUGUGAAGGGGCAAAUAAAGGAAACAUGAAACAGGUUCUUGCCAGAAGUUACCCAUAUACAUAACUGCUUCUGAUAUAUAUAUAUAUAUAUAUAUAUAUAUAUAUAUAUAUAUAUAUAUAUAUAUAUAUAUAUAUAAUAUAUUAUGUAUAUAUAUAAUAUAUAUAUAUGAUAAAUCAUGUACAAUUACAUAAAUGCAAACACAAAUGCAUAUAAAGAAUGAUUUAAAUUUUCCUAUGAAAGCAUAAGCAUUAGAGCAAAAUAAUUCAAAUCCAUCCUGUUUUUUUAAAUUUAAAAGGCAACACAACAUACAUUCAACAUAUUUAGUAAGUUGACUCAGGAUAUAAUUGUAAUAGGUAUUGUAGUAAAAGAAAGCGAGUGAGUGUGAAAAUUUCUAAAAAUAAUAUAAUGAAUAACUUUAUUAAAGCCAAAUAGUUGAUUCAUAUACAUUUUUUUUUAUUAAAGGAAAGAAUGGUUGCUGGUAUGACAUUGAAAUGUACAGUAGAAUUUACACCAGAUGAAUGGCGUUAUUAUUAUGACUGUAUUCGCAUUCAUUGUCAUGUAAGUAUUUUCUCAUUUUUAAAUUACAAAUCUGAAAAAUGGAAAACAAUAAUUCUCCAAGCAUCUUUCUACUUUUCAAACAGUUUUUCUGAUUCAGCAUUGUUAAGAUCUGUUGAGUAGGUACUAAUUGUAAGUCUCAGAGUUUUAAAUUAAAUUAUAUUAUAUUGAUUCAUUUUUAAAAAGAGAUUUUUUAAAAAAUUGUAUUAGAAAAUAAUAAUUAUUUAGCAUAAGUUUUCCUUUCAUAAUCUUUUUCAAAAUAUUUAUCCAGGGUGAGGAUAAUUUGAUUGUUCCAAUUCAUGGCUAUCCCAUAAUGAGCACAAAAGAUUUUCCUCGAAACUAUAUCUUCUCUCCAAUUCCAGUGGGAUCAAGGUAAAAUAUAUAUUAAGGGGUAAAAUGUUAUUUAAUUGUGUAAUAUUUAAGAAGGAAUUUAUUUAUUUUUUUUCAGUUAAAAGUAAUUAUUGAAUGAUCAUUUUUUUAAAAAUUGACUGGAAAGUUGAAAACAGUGUACUUCUAUUUAUUCCUGCAAAAUUAUAAAAUUAAUAAUAAAAUUGUUACAAUUUAAUUCAGUGAAUUCUCAUUUGGAUUUUGGCUGUUAACAAAAAUAUAUGUACAAAAAUAUACUGGCUAAUCCAUACAUUUUUUAAACUUACUGAAAUAUUUCAUUCACUUUUUGAGACUGAGCUAUUGCUCAUUGAUGGCCCUGGGAAGAACAAUACAGCCUAGCUGCAUUUGCUGAGCUAUGUUGGAAAUAAGAUUAUCAACGAUGUUAGCUGGGAGCACCCCAGUCAUACCAAUCGUUAGUGUCUGACACUUGACUAGUAAGUGCUCGACCAUCUCCAUCGCCUGUCUACAAUGGUGGCAGCUCAGGCCCUGAAGCGGAUGUAAUCGAUUCAGAUAGCUAUGGGUAGAGCAAUGCUCAGUCCUCAUUUGCAUAAUGAGGUUUUGGUGAUUGCGUUUAAGAUGCCACCAGUGAUGUUCCGGUAAAGUUUUCGGGCUGUAAAAAGAGGGCCUUUAGCCAGGCCUUGACCCCCCAAUUGGGUUAUUGGCUGAUAGAUUGUGGUUGGGCAGAGCCUUGUCUCGCUAGAUAGUCAGCUCUAUCAUUGGGAGUAAUUCCCGCAGGGCCUGGGAUCCACAGAAGGACCACUGUGCCUCAUGUACUUUAUGUCUCGUAUGAGUCCAAGGAUUGCAUUGGGCCAUUUUCAUGUCCAAAGAGCACCUACUCACAGCUUCAAGUUCAAGAGCACACUGUGAGCCGGUGAACACUAUGAUGGAUGGAAAUGUUUUAUGUAUCGCCAAUUUGCGGCGCACUUGUUUCAGGGCCAUUAGGAUAGUUUCAACUUCUGCUGUGCUAUUUUUUCCCACUUGGCCCCAAAAUCUCCUCAGUUUGAGGUACCACUUGGAGUACUGCAUGAGUGCUUUGAGCCAGCUUGCUUCUCACUGGCUAGAUAGGAGCUGACUGCGAAGACUUUUACCACAGUGUCCGAAUAUGACUCGAUAGUCUGAAGUGCAGCCUCUAUUUGCUCAUUUUGGAGGCUUGACUUAGUAUCUCCCGCCGUUAGCAGGGUCAGAAGAAUAUCUGGAGGUUUGCAGCUAUCAUGCGGUGAUCUCAUCUGGAUCAGGCUUAUUUUUUCCCUGUUUCCUGGUAAAGGGUGCUUAUUCUCUAGUGACUGGACUGCAUCUAUAAAGGAGGGUCUUUUAACAGGGUUCCGUUCUUUCCAUUGGAUGGUAGUGCUCCACUUUCGUCAAGAUAGCUUUGUCUCUCCUGAUACUGAGUGGUUCUACGGCUGACAGUAUUUCCACCGCAGCCCGGAGUGUAGUAGUACGCAGUGCCCCACAUACGAACCUGAGAGCUAGGUUCUGUAAUCGGUCCAGACCCUCUAAAGCCGUUAUGCUCACAAAGGCCUGUACCAUGAGGCUGUAGUCCAGUACCCCUCUCACGCUCCCCAGAUGUAAUGUUCUGAGGAGGCUUGCAUCAGUGCCCCAGGUAGUGCUUGCCAGUUUCUUAACCAGGCUGUUUAUGCUUACUAAAUUUAUCUUUUAAAUUAAUAUUCUUUCUAAAGGUCAUCAAAGAGUUUCCCAUUAAAAAGUAUGGCGCCUAUAGACUUUGAAUUCAGCUUUGAUUACAUACAGGCUCAUCCAGCACUUUCUAUAGAGCCUCUUUCAGGUAUUUUUAGACCAUAUUUUUUGAUAAUCAUUGUUUUUAAUUUCAUUGAGCAAUCAUCCACUUCUUUGUUGAAUCUAUUAACAACUGCAGUGACACUUGCAGAAAUUUUCUUCUUUUUUUUUGGUCAUACGUUUUAAGUCAACAGAAAUAGGGAGCAGAUAUCAAUUAAGGCCGUGUGAUUUUAUGGAGGAAAUACUAACAGAAGUAGAGAAGCCACCUGGCUAUAUAACUUUGAAUCUCCCCCAAAAAGUGACCAUAAAUUAAAUUAAGUCAAAUUCACUAAUAAAGGGGGGAACGGGACACAUUUUUUUUUUAGGAUAAGAUGUCUUAAAUAUAGAUAAAUUUGAUAAAUUUCCCAUUUAAUAACUGAAGUAUAUCCUUUGCCUUACUAAGGAAUGCAUCUAAUGUCUAAUUUUUUAUAAUUUUUUCUUCAAAAUAUCCUAAAAACAACACAUAAUAGUUCUGAAACAAUGUGAAAAAAAUAUGGCUGGUCUGCAUUGUACAGCCAUUAUGGAAGAAGAACUCUUGUCAUCAAGACUGUAAAACUGCACCAAAAAACCAUUUGACUCCCAUUACUCUAAGAUUGGGAUAAAAUACUGAUAAAAUUAAAUAAUAAAGUACAGCAUUGUAAAUCACAGUGAGGCAUAUCAUAAUUGUGUGUUGCUUUUAGUUUUAAUGCCUCUUUAUUCUUGGUCUUAUAAAUAGUACCACAAACCAACUAAUUGGGUUUUGGUUUUAUUGUGUCUUUAUUAUCGGUUUAAUAAAUAGUACCACAAACUAACUUUUUUAAUUUCAUUUUUUUCAAGGAUCCUAUCAUGUCUAACCUUGAAGAUCAUUUCAUAUAAAUAAGCAAAGGCUAAAUAAAUAAUCAACAAACUUAUUUAUAAAAGAAACUAUUACUGCAAUCAAUGACAAAAUAUGUAUAGUGUUGACCCCUCCAACCAUUGCACAUCCCUUGUAACAAAAGUGUGUUGUUUUUUGGAUUCCAUCAGGCAUCGUUCCUGCUAAUGGGGAAGCUGAGGUCACUGUGACAUUUGUUCCAUUUGAGUUCCAGACGGCCAUAAUGAAAGUGCAGUUGAGCAUUUCACAGUUCAACUUUAAAGGAAUCGUCUGUACAUUCACCGGCACCUCACAGCCCGGCUUGCUCAAGUAGGACAAUUAUCAGAUGGCUUUUUUAAAUUAUAGUAAUCACCAAAUUAGAUCAAUUUUGUUAUGAAUGGCUACCAUUUAAUUUUUCUUUUGCAUCUGGGUUUAAUAUUACUCUUGCUGUCCUAUCAGAUACUACAUUGGUGAUUAUUGUAAUUUUAUAUUUUUUUACUGUUGUAUGCUUGCCGAAGAAGGCUUUUUGCUGACACAUUCGUUGUUCUUUUGCGUCCUUUUUUCAGGUUUUCCCAUACUUUCUUUGGCUCAUUUCCUUGAUAUCCGUAAUGUUAUUCUAAGAACAAGAAGCACAUCCAGAGCAAAUAAAAAAAUUAAAUUGUACAAAUAAGCUCAUCACAGUGCAUCUUAUGGUAUUUAUUGCUUCAAGUGUCCUCUUACAUUGUUUAAAACAGUUAAACAAUCUCCUUUUGAACAUUAUGCAGCUCGGCUUUGACUCAUGUCAGAGCUUUGUGUUUUAAACUUGAAGUGUUUAAAUUUUGUACAAGGAGCUGUGACAAGCGGAGUAAAUAACUCUUACACUGACAGGACUGAAAUCUAGCAUCAUAACUCAACCAUGCAACAGUAAGGACACUCUAGAUUAUUCAGACAUAACUCUUUCUGUUGAUAGUUUUAUCUGUGUUUCUUUUUUCAGGGCCAAGACUUUGACUAGCGUGCUCAGUGAAGUCCUUGACCCCAAAUGUGUUUCUCCUAUUGAAAGGUCAAGGAUCAAAAGGAAAUCCAAGAAUAAAAAUGGGAUCACAAGAAAAGUAGCCUCUGCUCCUAGCCAGGUAAGACAAUAGAAACAAUAACAAGAUAGUUGGGGUUUUUUUCUAGGGGAGGGGGUGCUCCUUUUAUUUCUAUUUACAUUUUUUUUUUUCAAUCCUCAAUAUAAUGUGUUGACCUCUGCUUGACAAUCUUUCUUCUUAGCUCUCCCUGGAAAAAAAUGGGAUACGUUUCCCAGCUGUCAUCAACUCACCGUCUGCAGUGGCUAAAGUCCUCUUACAAGAACCUGGGAAACUCAAAGUCAAUGAGAUGAAUUUGAGUGAGUUACUUCAAGGAUCCAACCAAGAAAGUUUUUAUGCAACACUUUUGUUCUUUGAUUUAGUCUAUAGUGAUUUAAAAAAUUACCCUAAGAAUAUGCUGCUCAUGCAGUUCAUAAAUACACUGCUCUUAUUUGAAUAAAAUUUUUGAUUUUUUUUUAAAUUUAAGAUGUUCAAGAUCAAAAAGAAACAAAGGCAAUGACCAGGCAGAUAAAAGUGAGUUCUUUCUGGUCCAUUUUUCUUUUUGUGCUUCUUAACCCACGAACUGUCAUCGGCUGAUCUUCCCAUCCCAAACUGUAUCGGCCGAUAAAAAAAUCCGAUAAAAAUAGAAUAAAAUUGAAAGAAUACGUUCCAGUCCAAUAAAAAUAAACCAAAUAUAACUAAUUCCUUUUAUUAAUAAAUGAACUUCCAUUUUUCGCUCUUCUGUUUCCUUUUUUUAAAACUUUGAAGUUAUUUUUUACAACGAUCUUUAUCAAGCAAAUUAGUGUAAGAAGAUUUUCACGAAAUGGAUGAGGCUUUAGCUGGACCAUCUGGCUUACAGAUCAGUUUGGAAUCUUUUUGAUAACUUUUUAGUUAAUGACUCAAGUCAUUCGGGAGAUGAUUUUCAGAUCACACACGAAGACAAUGAUAAUUCUGAUUAUUUUUCUAGUGGGUCAGAAAGUUCAGACUCUGACUAUCUAAGCCUAGAACGAGUAGGCAUUGCGCCAACAACAGGAUUUGUCUUAAACUAUGUUAUACUUGUUCUAUAUAUGUUUAUUUAUAUUUCAUAUUAUGGAUUAAAUAUUUAUAUAGCAGCUUUUAAAAUUUUAUCUGUUUCUUGCUAUUUAGUAAGAAUAAAAUAACUAAAACGUAUACAAAUAAUACAUUUUCUGAAAGAUAAAUAAAAAUGCUAUCAUGUUAUAUAAACAUUAUAAUUAUAGGUCUUCAAAAAAUUGUAGUUUGCGGUACUUGAAAAGAAAAAUUUUCAUUAUUUUCUUUAUUCUUGGUCACUCCAAGGUCACGGUCAGCGAGUAUAAAAUAAUCAUUUAAAUAGCCAGCAUGAUUCCCCACUCAGUCUAAUUUCAAUAAAUGUAUACUUUAUGGGGUCUAGCUAUAGUUUCAAAGGCACCCAAAAAGCUCUAAAUUGCCAGCAGAAUACAGAAUGAUACAAUGGACAGUUCGUGGGUUAAUAAUAUGUCUUGUUAAAACUUUAAUUUUAAAAGCAGGAAUGUAUUCAUUUAGUUUGCUUUACUUUAAUGGAAUUAUUGAACAGCUAACAGUUGUUUUUUUUACAUCUUAUUCCUAACGCCUGGUGAAAUUUUAAAUAAGCUGCAAUUGAAUUGUAAUCUUUUUCUAAAAUGUUACUUUCCCAUUUAAUAUUUUCUCAGGAAGCCCUUUUUGAUCAGCUGGUGAGACAAAAUGUUUAUGAAGAAAGGCAAAAUCAACUGAGAUGGCAAAUUAAACUUGGAGAUCAGCCAAUGAUGGAGGAAGAGAGAUACAAGGUUCUGGAGGACAGACAAAAAGCUCUGGAUCACUACAUGGUAAAUAAUGUCAGGUGGAAACUAGUUACGGUAUCUCUAAUAAUUACUCAGUACAUUCAGUGUUUUUCAGAUGGAAAAUGUUCCAAAUUUCUUAAAGAUUAAAUACAACCAGAACAUGAUUUGCUCAUUUCAGAAGUACAGUUUCUUUGUUUGGUCAGGAAAAGUUGUUGUUUUUAAAUUUCAAGCUAUUAACAACUAUUUGGUUUAUUUCCCUUCCUAUGAGAGACUAUUGACUUUUUAAAAAGCUCUUCAAAUUAAGCUUAUUUUUAUGUGCUAUCAUUCUCAUGGCAAUUAUCUUUUAAAAGUACUUUUAGCAAAUAUUUUCAGUAGAUCCUCUCUUUUAAAUUUUGAAUUUCUUUAGCAUUGCCAUAUUGUCAUGCAAAAUGUUCUUUGAUAUCACUCAAAUUCAUUCCAUCCAUCCCUGUGGUGGUGCUAAGCCCAUGUAGGAAAUCUAUUGGAACAAUUCAGUAAAUACAUGGAUUUGAUUUAUUUUUAAGAUAAUACAGUUUAUAUCGUAACCUUCUAUUAUUUUUAGUUUAAAGUGCGUGGAGUUCCCAUACCAGAAGAAGAGUACAACCGUCCCCACACAGUUUGCACUUAUGCCAGGACUGUGAGAGAUGUAGAUACUGUAAGUUGUUAAAUUUAAUUUAAAAAAUUAUUGAUAUAAUAUAGGCAUAUAAAUAAUAAAAUUCUUAAAUUAAAAAGUAACCAUUUAAUUUUUGACACACUUUGAGGAAAAGUUAAAUUGGAUUCAUGAGUAAAAUAAACAUGUCACUAUGACUAAUCUUUAUUUUAUGAUGCUAGUACAUGUUUCCAUGUUUGUCAUGGUUUGGUUUUUGCAAAAUUUUUUUUAAAAAACCUCUGAAACGUGUUUGUCAUAUUCCAUGUUUCUAUUAAUUUGAAAACAAUUUACUCUCAAUAGUUGGCACCAAAAAUUGCAAUGUUUGACAUCUACUCCAAUGAUCUGUGGGCCACUCGUCAUGCAGCUCUUGAUAGAUUUGUGCAGGCAGCCAGAAGUGUAAGACACUUUAAUCUUAUAAUAGGGAGCCUUCAAUAAUUAAAAUAGGCAAAUAUUUCCCUUUUCAUAUACCUUCUUGAACUCAUUUAAAAUAAUCAUAGAAAACAGAACUGAUGUCUAUAAGCUUAUAUCAAAAGUUAGUAUAAAAUUGAUAUGUUAUUUUAGCAUACAACCGAAACAACAAGGAAUCGCAUCAGUAUUUAACUUCUGACAUGGCUUGUAUAGAAGUAGACAUUACAUCCAGGGGUGGCUAAGGCAAUUUGAUAGAUUUUGUUAUUGCAAUUACAAUAGAAAUGUAUCAGCAUAUUAGCAUACACACCAAUCUCUUGAAUUGCCUCCCCUCAUCCCAUAUUUACCUGCUAGUUAUAUCACACACACCCCUUCCCCACCCACCCCCAGCACACACACUUCCUACAGAACACACACUUCCCACAGAACACACACUUCCCAAAGAAUGUAUACUUUCCACAGCACACACAUUUCCCACAGCACACAUGCUUCCUGCAGAACACACACUUCCCACAGCACACACUUACCUGCUUACUAAAAUAUGGAUGGCUUCUAGAUCAUCAAAAUGCAAAAUUUAGUUACAUGUGUUGUUUUGUUUAAGUAAGGGUUCCUUCCAAAGUUUGGGGGGGGGGGGGAGGGGGGGAAAAAGUUUUUAACUAUACCUGGGCCUUUUUUUAAAAAUGUUAUGAAAUGAGAGGGAAAGGAAAACCUAAGUUUAUAAUUAACAAAUUAAAAUGUAAAUUAUAUAGCAUGCAAAAAAAAAAAAAAAAAAAGACCUAAAGAACUUGGCUGGAAAGUGGACAUUAAAUUAUUAUAUCUAGAACAGAGAUGGGCAAACCAUGGGCCUGAUAUUAUGCUGCCCUUGAGGGCAUAUAGAAAUUUAAAAAAUUUAACUCGUUUUUAAGUUAUUUGAUUAAAUUUUACAGAGUUUCAUGUACCGUUAUGAUGGUUUUAAAAUUUUUUAAUAAAAUUUCUAUCUAAAUUUCUGUUUUUGUAAACAGUCCUUUACCUUGGUAAUGUAAUGCUAAAAUGCGAAUGUAUCGAUCUGAAUAUAGAGAAAUAUUUCUCAAAAUGUAAAUGUUUAAAAAGAAUCAUUUUAUGAAAAACAGAUAUUUCUCCAGUGAAAAAAAAUUAUUUAUUUUUCAAGACAAUAUAAAAUUUAAAAGUUUGUUUUCUGUUAUAAUUAUUUACAAUGUUCAAAUUAAUUUAUUUGAUGUCGUUGUCUUAAUAUAUUUCUGAAAUUUAUUUUGAGUUUACUCCUUGUAUACAGCCGGAAGUUGGCUCGUUUCAUUUUCUUUUUUUAAGUUUUGUAAAAUUCUGUUCGAAAUUUAUUAAAACAAUGAGUGUCACUUAGAACGUAAGAUUGAAGAUGAAUGUCAUGUUUUUAAUGAAUGGAUAACUAACCACUGUUUUUUAAAAGUUAAUAGCAAAUCAGUUUGCUUGUUGCGUUGUGAGUCAGUGGCUGUCUUCAAGGAGUACAAUUUAAAAAGAUAUUACCAAAUAGUACAUUCCGAUUUCGGAUAAAAUUUAACAACUGUAGAGGGGGAAAGGAAAUUCCUGAGCUGGUGGCAGAUUUGGAUAAACAGCAAUCUGUUUUCACUAGACAGUCUUUAAUUCAAGGUGCUGCAUCAGAACCUAAUCUUGUGCUGUCAGACAGAAUUUUAAAACAAUUUUCUGAUGGCGAGUUCAUCAAAGAAUGUUUGCUAGAUGUAUCAAACAGUAUGUGUCUGGAACAAAAAAACUAAGUUGAAAACACUACUUUAAAAAGGAGAACUGUGGUCAGAGGUGUUGACAACAUAAGUGACAAUUUUAUGCAUAAACUUCAAGAUAGAAGUAAACACUUUGUGGGACUCUCUUGCAAUGGAUGAGAGUACCGAUGUACAUGAUACUGUCCAAUUAUUGAUAUUUAUACCUGGAAUAAACGCUUCUUUCAAACUCACUGAAGAGUUACUGAGUGUUGAGUCACUCAAAGACACAGCCUUAAUUGUAGUGCCAAUGUAUUCAGUAUGUGACUAAAUUAAGGCCAUUGAUGGAUAAUUUUUUUUAAAUUUGUAAAAAAAUUGAAGAUCUUAACAAAUUAAAAAAAGUUUUUGUCCAUAUUAUAAAAUAUAAUGUAUUAGUAAAUUAUAAUUGAAAUAAUUGGUUAUUUAACCUAUUUUAUAUCCUAUAAAUAAUUUAUAAUUACUUAUUGUGACAUUAUAUAAAUGCAGCCCCCAAGUAGCUUUACAUUUCUUAAUGUGGCCCCAAUAGCUUUACAUUUGUCAAUGUGGCCCUAUGCGCAAAAUAGUUGCGCACCCCUGAUCUAGAAGAAAUUUAAAUUUGAUCAGUUUAACAUUUUCAUUAACUAUUUCUCUAUUUCCUUUCAAAUAUUUAUAAAUGAUUAUUUCAUUGUUUAGAUCAUUAUCCGAAAUCGAGGAGAUAAAAAAUUACUCGGUUUAAAGACCCUGAGGAAAAAUACACAAGGUUUUAUUGAUACAACUGGUAAGUUACCAAGUUGAAACAAAACAUAGUUAAUGCCUGUUGUAUAUAUUAAUACAUUUUGGACAGUAUAUUUAGUUUUAUUUUAUAUUUUGUUUUAAGACAUUGUCCAUUUUCUAUGCACACAUAAAAACUUAUAAUGUAAUGUAGUAAAUGGGAAAUUUUUCCCACUUUAUCAUAUUAUACCAAGAAGUCGUUUGUGUACCAGUAACAAAAUUGAUUUAAUUUGAAUAUUUGAAUUAAACACUUUGACAAUCUAAUGAUUAGAUUUGAUGUAGGCUGCCAUAGAUUUUAGCUAUUUAAAUAAUUUUAGAAGGGAGAUAAAAGAUAAUAUCAAAUUUAUAAAUAUGUACAACUUAAAAUGUAUAUUUAUUAAAAGGAAAUCUGUGAAAUAGAAGUGGUUUAUAUAUUAUAAAAACUUAAAUCAGAUUUUUUUAUCAAAUAGAUCUAGGUCCAAGCAAUCCCCAGGAGGGAUUGGAUCUGAAAUUCAAAGCAGAGCGUAUUCAAAAAUACAAGUUCCCUACUUAUGUAGCACCUAAUAUCAAAGAUGAUAUGGUAAGAGCUGUUACGAUGACAGCCAUUGAUAUUGUUCUUGAUUAUUUAUGUUAAAUUUUUUUUUACAUCUUAUUAGAAUCUUCAUAAAUUAAACAGAGUAUCUUAAUAUAUCAUGAUACCAUUGUUAUUCUAUAUAUAUGUUUUUAUUUGGCUCCUGAAAGAUUACUAGUUAUGAAAAGAAACUUGUCAAAUGCUCUGAAACUGAAUUUAGGCAAGCAUUUAAUCACAUAUUUGCCUGUGCAAUUAAUUCAAUGGAGCAUAUGCUGAGAGCAUGACAAAUUUGACAUACUUAAUUGAAAGUUUGACAUGACUUGUUUACAACAUUUAAUUCACUCUGUCCACCAAGGCUCCAGAUGCCCUGGGGAAUAUACCAGUGGAUGCCACUGAGGUUAUAGUGAAGAAAGAAGUUCCAUUUUUCAAUUUGAAGGUCAGUUCAUUUCCCAUAUUAACUUCAGACUAGUAACUUACUUCCUGUGAAAACUUUUCUUUACAGAAUAAAAUCAUGGAUUAGUCAUUCAUGUCAUGACUAUUGAGAGGUUCAUUCCCUUUCAUAAAUUACUUUUAUCUUAAUAACUUUUUUCCCAGGUUCCAUAUUUUUAUCAACUCUAUGGUUACAAAAGUCACAAUGUGCAAGAUGCUUCUCGAGGUUACAUCCCUACGAAAGGUUUCCGAAAACUACGAACAGGUGCAGAGGUAAGAACAACCUGUUGAACAUCCUUCAAGUAGCAUAUACAAAUUUUUUGGCACAGAAACUUAGAAAUUAUGGCUUGCAAAAAAAUCUUACCUCUUCUAAAUGCAAAAUUUCCUUAUUUCUCCUCAAUAAAAUGAUAAUUAUUGCACAAGAUUGGGGAGGAAUUAAGUGGGGGGUGGAGGUAGAAACACAAUAAAGUCAAAGAAAACAUUUUCCCAUUAAUUUAUAACAUUGUUAAAAUAAUUAUACAAAAAUAAAUUGUACAGGAAACAACUAAAGGUAAAUUUAAAAUGUACUUUUUUUCUUAGCUGCUUGGAGUUUAUGAUAAAGUGCCUAAGUUACAAAACUACAUCUGGAAACAUUUUUGGGCCAACAAGUGCUCCAAUUACAAUUUACUUUUGACUUCAUAAUUCCUGGAACUUGUUUUAGUUCGUCAAGCCUUUAUUUUUUUACCUCUUUUUUUUUUCCAUGUCUCUCUCAAGGAUGAGGUUAUCAAACUUCCAUUCGACCAAGAGGAUCCAUGCCAGAGAGUAGCUAGUACACCUGGGGGUCCAGACAGUGACCUUCAUUCCGCAAGAGUUAAAUCUGGUCAGAAAGUGCUCAGAUCCCAGCCCCUGGCCCUCACCCCGCCUGAAACUCUAUUUAAACCAAUAGAGUACCCCAGUCUUCAUAUUAUGGUAAAAAUAUUACAGAGUGUUACAGACUAUUAUCUUUUUAUUUGUUUUAGCUUUCAGUGGCGACAACGAGUUGAGGCAAAGGCUUUAAGGCAGAGGUCUAGUAUUCCAGUCCGGACUAAUGCAAACCUAUUUUUUUAAUAUAGCAUUAGGCCUAAUUCAAUUGUUGCCAUUUAUUUUCUCCUUCAUUACUUCUGCUUGCAAAUCAAACUGUGGCUCCUGUUUAUUUUUAGAUCGUGUGGUCACAAUGUUUGACAGCACUGAUUUGUGCCAGCAGCUGUUCACCUAGAAGAUGUUUUGUAAGAACAAGCUGCGCUCUCAACUCACUGAUGAUCACCGUGAUGACAUUCUGUUGCCGACCUCCUCAUCAUAAGAACCUGAUAUUGUAUAUGUCUCUAUAAACAUGCCACAUUUUGUUUCCCUUUGAUCGUACCCUAUUUUUGAAUUCAACAACCUUUCCAUGGGCACCAUGUUUCAUCUGGCCUAGUGUGCCACAUUGACACCUUGAUUCUUCUGGCCUAGUGUGACAUAUUGACACCUUGUUUCUUCUGGCCUAGUGUGCCAUAUUGACAGCUACUUUCUUCUGGCCUAGUGUGCCAUAUUGACACCUACUUUCUUCUGGCCUAAUGUGCCAUGUUGACACCUACUUUCUUCUGGCCUAGUGUGCCAUGUUGACACCUACUUUCUUCUGGCCUAAUGUGCCAUGUUGACACCUACUUUCUUCUGGCCUAGUGUGCCAUAUUGACACCUACUUUCUUCUGGCCUAGUGUGCCAUGUUGACACCUACUUUCUUCUGGCCUAAUGUGCCAUGUUGACACCUACUUUCUUCUGGCCUAGUGUGCCAUAUUGACACCUACUUUCUUCUGGCCUAGUGUGCCAUGUUGACACCUACUUUCUUCUGGCCUAGUGUGCCAUGUUGACACCUACUUUCUUCUGGCCUAGUGUGCCAUGUUGACACCUACUUUCUUCUGGCCUAGUGUGCCAUGUUGACACCUACUUUCUUCUGGCCUAGUGUGCCAUGUUGACACCUACUUUCUUCUGGCCUAGUGUGCCAUGUUGACACCUACUUUCUUCUGGCCUAGUGUGCCAUGUUGACACCUACUUUCUUCUGGCCUAGUGUGCCAUGUUGACACCUACUUUCUUCUGGCCUAGUGUGCCAUGUUGACACCUACUUUCUUCUGGCCUAGUGUGCCAUGUUGACACCUACUUUCUUCUGGCCUAGUGUGCCAUGUUGACACCUACUUUCUUCUGGCCUAGUGUGCCAUAUUGACACCUACUUUCUUCUGGCCUAGUGUGCCAUAUUGACACCUACUUUCUUCUGGCCUAGUGUGCCAUGUUGACACCUACUUUCUUCUGGCCUAGUGUGCCAUGUUGACACCUACUUUCUUCUGGCCUAGUGUGCCAUAUUGACACCUACUUUCUUCUGGCCUAGUGUGCCAUAUUGACACCUACUUUCUUCUGGCCUAGUGUGCCAUAUUGACACCUACUUUCUUCUGGCCUAGUGUGCCAUAUUGACACCUACUUUCUUCUGGCCUAGUGUGCCAUAUUGACACCUACUUUCUUCUGGCCUAGUGUGCCAUGUUGACACCUUGUUUCUUCUGGCCUAGUGUGCCAUAUUGACAGCUACUUUCUUCUGGCCUAAUGUGCCAUGUUGACAGCUACUUUCUUCUGGCCUAGUGUGCCAUAUUGACACCUACUUUCUUCUGGCCUAAUGUGCCAUAUUGACACCUACUUUCUUCUGGCCUAAUGUGCCAUAUUGACACCUACUUUCUUCUGGCCUAAUGUGCCAUGUUGACAGCUACUUUCUUCUGGCCUAGUGUGCCAUAUUGACAGCUACUUUCUUCUGGCCUAGUGUGCCAUAUUGACACCUACUUUCUUCUGGCCUAGUGUGCCAUAUUGACACCUACUUUCUUCUGGCCUAGUGUGCCAUAUUGACACCUUGUUUCUUCUGGCCUAAUGUGCCAUAUUGACACCUACUUUCUUCUGGCCUAGUGUGACAUAUUGACACCUUGUUUCUUCUGGCCUAAUGUGCCAUGUUGACACCUACUUUCUUCUGGCCUAGUGUGCCAUAUUGACACCUACUUUCUUCUGGCCUAAUGUGCCAUAUUGACACCUACUUUCUUCUGGCCUAAUGUGCCAUAUUGACAGCUACUUUCUUCUGGCCUAAUGUGCCAUAUUGACACCUACUUUCUGCUGGCCUAAUGUGCCAUAUUGACACCUACUUUCUUCUGGCCUAAUGUGCCAUAUUGACACCUACUUUCUUCUGGCCUAAUGUGCCAUAUUGACAGCUACUUUCUUCUGGCCUAGUGUGCCAUAUUGACAGCUACUUUCUUCUGGCCUAAUGUGCCAUAUUGACACCUACUUUCUUCUGGCCUAGUGUGCCAUGUUGACACCUACUUUCUUCUGGCCUAAUGUGCCAUGUUGACACCUACUUUCUUCUGGCCUAAUGUGCCAUGUUGACACCUACUUUCUUCUGGCCUAAUGUGCCAUAUUGACAGCUACUUUCUUCUGGCCUAAUGUGCCAUAUUGACAGCUACUUUCUUCUGGCCUAAUGUGCCAUGUUGACACCUACUUUCUUCUGGCCUAAUGUGCCAUAUUGACAGCUACUUUCUUCUGGCCUAAUGUGCCAUGUUGACACCUACUUUCUUCUGGCCUAAUGUGCCAUAUUGACACCUACUUUCUUCUGGCCUAAUGUGCCAUGUUGACACCUACUUUCUUCUGGCCUAGUGUGCCAUAUUGACAGCUACUUUCUUCUGGCCUAAUGUGCCAUAUUGACAGCUACUUUCUUCUGGCCUAAUGUGCCAUAUUGACAGCUACUUUCUUCUGGCCUAAUGUGCCAUGUUGACACCUACUUUCUUCUGGCCUAGUGUGCCAUAUUGACAGCUACUUUCUUCUGGCCUAAUGUGCCAUGUUGACACCUACUUUCUUCUGGCCUAGUGUGCCAUAUUGACAGCUACUUUCUUCUGGCCUAGUGUGCCAUAUUGACACCUACUUUCAUCUGGCCUAGUGUGCCAUAUUGACACCUUGUUUCUUCUGGCCUAGUGUGCCAUGUUGACACCUACUUUCUUCUGGCCUAGUGUGCCAUAUUGACAGCUACUUUCUUCUGGCCUAAUGUGCCAUGUUGACACCUACUUUCUUCUGGCCUAAUGUGCCAUGUUGACACCUACUUUCUUCUGGCCUAGUGUGCCAUAUUGACACCUUGUUUCUUCUGGCCUAGUGUGCCAUGUUGACACCUACUUUCUUCUGGCCUAAUGUGCCAUGUUGACACCUACUUUCUUCUGGCCUAGUGUGCCAUAUUGACACCUACUUUCUUCUGGCCUAAUGUGCCAUAUUGACAGCUACUUUCUUCUGGCCUAGUGUGCCAUGUUGACACCUACUUUCUUCUGGCCUAAUGUGCCAUGUUGACACCUACUUUCUUCUGGCCUAGUGUGCCAUAUUGACAGCUACUUUCUUCUGGCCUAGUGUGCCAUAUUGACACCUACUUUCUUCUGGCCUAAUGUGCCAUGUUGACACCUACUUUCUUCUGGCCUAGUGUGCCAUAUUGACAGCUACUUUCUUCUGGCCUAGUGUGCCAUAUUGACACCUACUUUCUUCUGGCCUAAUGUGCCAUGUUGACACCUACUUUCUUCUGGCCUAGUGUGCCAUGUUGACACCUACUUUCUUCUGGCCUAAUGUGCCAUAUUGACAGCUACUUUCUUCUGGCCUAAUGUGCCAUGUUGACACCUACUUUCUUCUGGCCUAGUGUGCCAUAUUGACAGCUACUUUCUUCUGGCCACGUGUGCCAUAUUGACACCUACUUUCUUCUGGCCUAGUGUGCCAUAUUGACAGCUACUUUCUUCUGGCCUAGUGUGCCAUAUUGACACCUACUUUCUUCUGGCCUAGUGUGCCAUAUUGACAGCUACUUUCUUCUGGCCUAGUGUGCCAUAUUGACAGCUACUUUCUUCUGGCCUAGUGUGCCAUAUUGACAGCUACUUUCUUCUGGCCUAGUGUGCCAUAUUGACAGCUACUUUCUUCUGGCCUAAUGUGCCAUAUUGACACCUACUUUCUUCUGGCCUAGUGUGCCAUAGUCACCCCAUGAAAUGAGCUAAUAGUCUGAAAAGUUUGCCGGCCGCUGUCUUAAUGCCUUCAAUAACUUAUAUUUCAACAAAUAUUUAAAGAUAUAGUGGAAACCAAAAACAAAGGAUUAUUGCUCUCAAUAGUUUCUAAGGUAAUUGUACAUGAAGCAAAUUAUGAAAUAAUUGAUUUGUCUUUUGUCGGCAUUUAUGAUUUUUAACAUAAUUAAAUGCUACAAUUUCUACUCCAUCAGAACCCUGCACCAGGAUUACAAGUCUUUCAGUCCAUGAUUCCAUAUGCAGAAGUGGAUUAUGAUUAUCACUUGUGUCCUGUACCCAGAUAUCCAUAUACUCCAACCAGUUCUACUAAAGCUGGUGUCACACAGAAGAAGUUUUUGGACAGGGAGGUCAGUCACAUUUUUCAACUUCACUAUAACUAUAAUUUUGUAAAAAAUUUUAAGAAACUCAUACAAAAUUAUUAUUUUUAAUUAGUCCAGUUUUUUGGGUUACGAUCCCUUAAGCAUCUUGUCCAUAAAGUAACUUUGCUGUCCUAUAAAAAAUUUCUAGAAUGGUUUUGAUAAUCUUUCUAAAUGGCAGGAUACAAUUCGUGGUCUCAUGAACUGGAAGAAGUUUCCAUCCCCUGGUCUUACCUCAUUAUCUAACACAGUCACUCUAACAAAUGUCUGGGUGCCAAGAUGGUCAGUAAUUAUCUAUUUGUUCAUUGUUGCAUCUAAUGUUCACUGUUGUGAUUUGCAUUCGUAUAUUCUGUAAUUAAUUGCAUGUUAAUUAAAUCUUCAAUAAAAAUUGUUAAGAAAUCUUUCAAAGAUUUGCUUAAAAAUCAUGUACUCAAAUUUUUGGUCAAUGAAAAUCUAUUUCAUUUUGUAGAUAGUAGAUUCAUUUUGAUUUAUUGAAUUAGGUGUGUUCUUUUCAAACUCUAAGCCUAUAAAAAUAUUUAAUAAAUUAUUUCAUUAUAAAGAUAUUAAAAAUUAAUUAUAUAUAAUUAAUUGACUUUAGAUUUCUUGUUUUUUUUAGGGAUGAAUGUUUUAAUAAAGACCUUAUGCCCACUGAUACGCCACUGUUACAGACACAGUUGGAAGCAAAUGAUGCUGAAAAUUGUGUCGAGGAGUAGGUUUAUUUUUGGUCUAUUACAUUUAGGAAAAAGAAUUAAUGAACUCCUUUUAGCUAAUUUAUUUAUUUUUUGACGAAGCUAAUAUUUAAGAUUAAGAACAUUGUAACAAAAUGAUUUGUUAUCCCCAAAACAAUCGAAUAUGUUUCUUAACUAGAUAAAUUACUGUGUUUUUUUUCAACAGGUAAAACACAAAAUAUAUUGCUCUUUCUGAAAUACACAAAAAUUUGUCUCAAGCUUACUGUAAAAUUACCUUAAUAUUUCAGUGAUGUCAUUGAUGGUGAUGCUGCCACCCUGACUCCUGCCAUGGUUAAUGCCAAAUUUGCGUUCAUUGAUACAAAUGUCAAAGAUGAAACAAAAUCGUAAGUUAACUGUAACGCUUGUUGAAAAACUAAUUAAUAUUUAAUUUUUAUUUUACUUACACUUGUGAAAACUGGUCAAAAUUGUCAUUUAAUCUUUUCAGGUAAUUAGUGUCAAAGUACAUUUUUAUGUUGUUCAGUUUGCUGAAUUCCAGUUGACCAGUUGAGUACUGUAACCAAGUAAUAUAUCAAUAUAAUUAACAUUUCACAGACUCAAAUUUUUGUCUGUUAUAAAAUUUUUUUGUGGUCCUGUAAUGUAAGUCAUUGUUGAAGUGGUUUAAAUUUUCAGAAAUGUUGAUGAGUUGCAGGACUUGAAGUAAGUUUUAAAUGAAUAUUGAUUGAGUUUUGCCCACCAUAAAUCUCAAUUUUGUUUAUGGUAUUUUAUCACAUGACAGAAUUUUAAUAUUCUGUCACAAUUUAUUAUCUUCAUGACUUUUUUCACUUUUGAUAACUGAUAUUUCGAAAGGAAAAUUGAUAAAUGAAUACUUAAAAUCUAAAUUAUUUAUUAACAAGGUACUCAAAUGUUCAAAAAUAGUGUAAAGUAUAACUUUCAAAUGGUGCUGAAAAUUUCUCUUCUUUCAUGUGCAUCUAACACCCCUACAAUAUGAUGGAGUGGUUUGGCCUACACAAUAAAAUAAAACCUUUUAAUGGUUGUAACUUGAAAUGUCAAUACAUUUUAUAGCUUCAAUCUUAUGUAACAAAGUUUUUGUCGAAUGAAGUUUUCAAAGGUCAUCAAAGUUAAAAUUUGCAACCACUGUUUCAUUUGAAAUAAUCACACAGGAACUCGUUAUAUUGGUUGUGAUUUGAAAGAGGUUGAUAUCUCAUGCUAGGAGUAGUGAUUUUUAAUUUAUAUUUUUUUUUAAAUGUUGUUUUGGAGUUUUACUGUAUUUUAUCUCAUUGUGUUAAGGUAUACAUAUAUUUUUUAUUAAUAAGUAAAUUUGUUAUUUAUGUAACACCAUUUAUUAAUUUCAUCUCAUUUAUAAAAAAUGUGCUUUAGUUUACUGCUACUCACAGUUAAAUUAGCUAAUGUAAUUCUAAAUGAUGACUUUGAAAAAACUAUAUGGCCAAAUGAUGUGAAAAAAGGUGUCUUGGCUCUGCUAUAUGUUUUUAUUCAAAAACAAAACUUUAACUUUUUAAAUAUGCUAUUUUAAUUUCAGGGAUUUCUUCCCCAUUGGUAAUCGUAUACCACUAACAAACAUGCCAGUUGGACCUAAUGGACCUAUUGCCAGGUAAUUGCUUGUUUAGUAAAAUUUUUAGCUUCUUGGUUUUUAGGGAGUUAGUUUAUAUUAUUUUUAAAAAAAACAGAUAUAUCUGUUUUGUCAUUCGUCUUUUAAAUAUAAAGUAAAUAUUGACCGGGACAUUACCGGUAUUACUUUUUAAAGUUAAAAAUAAACACUUUCUUUUCCCCAGAGAAAAGCGUGAGAAGGAGCUUGAUGAUUUCAUGACAAGGAAAUAUAACAAAUUGAGGUCAAAGCUCAAGGCCAAAGUGACAGCCCUGAAUUCAAUAAUUAAGGAUACCACUAUGCAUACCAACUAGCCAGAUUAUAUCGUGUCAUUAAUUGUCUGCGUGAAACUGUGAAUAUGCUGUCCAAUUUAUUGCAUGAAAAGAACUUUUUAUUUUGUUUGAAAAAGCAUAUUAUAGUGUAACUGGCACUUGGGGGUAAUACUAAUAAUGACGCCUCGGAUCAGUUGUAAGGGCCUUGGAACUCAGUGCAAAUGUUUAUAUAGUGUAAACAAACAGAGCUGUUUUAUUUUUCAAGUAAAUUCUAAAACAUGAUACUGAGAGUUGAAAAAGUUAUUUAAAGAAAAAAUUAGUUCAACUUUCACAGACAUUAUACUUUCUUUCUUCUGGCAGGAGUCUCUAUUUAAAAGUAUCUAUUACUACAAUCAGAUUCCAAAUUCAGAUACUGAAAUAGAAAUUAGCUUAAUAUUACUGUUAUUUUAUUUUUUAAUUGGACCAUUUUCAAAUGCUAUUUCUAUGGAAGAAAUGAAGCAACCAAAAUAAAAUGGACAAUACAGAAGCAGCCUAACUGAUGUUCAUGAGCUGAACAAAGUCUGUGGCAACCGACCAGCCCUACUCUGACAACAGAUAAAAUUUUUGAUGAAAAAAAGAAUGUUUUAGGUAUCAAGAGAGAUGACAAUACAGUAUUGAAAAUUUGAUUGCAAACUAAGUUAUUUGGUAGAAAUAUGCCCAAUAAAUGUAUUGUUAAUGGAAAAAGAGCAUAUUCUCUUCUAUGGUUUGUCUUUUCCUCAUGAAUAAUAUAUUCCACUUGAGUGAUCACCCUUCAAAUUGUCUUUCUCAGUAUAAUUCAGUGACUAUACACUACAUGAGAUGACCACUCCAUUGGACAUUGUAAAAUAACUCCACUUCCUCCCUGAACAGUACGUGUACAGCUGCAGCCCCCUUACAUAACUUAUCAAAAGUUACAAGAGAUUGUUGUUGGCAAUAAUGCCCAGUGAAGCAAAUCUUUAUAUUAUAAUCAUUUUAAAUAACUUAGAAGUUUACCGUUAUUGCUUGUGCAUGCUGAUAUUUGAGCAAAAAGUGAAAAAAAACACAGUUAAUGUACAGCAUACCCGUAAAGAUUUAUAUCUCACUUUUAAGAGAAUGUACCUUUCAAGCUGUAAAUAACCUAACACUUUGUUCAAAUAAAUGCUGUGCUUAGAUUGUAUCGGCACGAUAAACAGCUACUUAUGGCUAAAAGCAGCACUUUUUAGAGGUGAAGUGAGUUCCUUUGUUUGGGCCUCUGCAGUGGCCUCUAAGACAGUGCUUACGCCACAGAGCCUAGUGCCUGCCACUGUCGCUAUAAUUUGUACAAGGUUUAUUCUCCAGUGACAAUGUGUGAUGUACUUAAAUUAUUUCAUGUAAUGGUUCUCUUAAAUAUUUAAAUAAUGAUCUUUAUACUGAGCGCAGAUUCCUAGUUGUUCUAACAUAUUGCUUUGUUUGCAACCAACUGUGAUACAUGAAUAAAUACUUUUAUUUUUGUUUUUGACAUCCGUCCAAAGCUUGUCAGAUUUAGCCGCCCAAAGAGUUGUCACAAUUCAAAUAUUAAUUUUUUUUUAUUUUAAAAUCUCAAAUCAAUUUGUAAAAGUUGACAAAAAUGUAUCAUUUAUCCUUUACCUUCCUAUAGAUUAAAAUAUAUGAAAGAUAUAGUCCUUGCCAAGCUAUCUCAUCAUUUAACAUUUUGAAAAACAUUAAACUUUAACAAAAGGAAUUGCAUUGUAAAAUGUAUUUAUUUUUUUUCAAAAUAAGGUAAUGAUUAUCAUUGCAUGAUUAAAUAAUACAUGUAUUAUGUGCUGGGUCUGUGUCAUAAUUAAAUAGUGUAUGUAUUAUGAGCUGGUUCUGUGAUAAAAGGAAUAAUUCUUAAUACUGAAUUCCAUGAGGCCAAAGUAUUUGCCCAAUUGCCUUGCAGGAAUCUAACAAUUUUUUUGAUAGUCUCAAAAUAAGCCAUGUAUUUUAUUGAAUAUUAAAACGUUUUAACCGAU